AUGAGCGUACUAGAUCACAUUUCAAAUAUUUUCAUUUAUAGCAUUGAUUCUGCGUUUGCGUAUCUAUCGUGGCUAUACUAUUGGCUUACAUUCCCAUCUGGACCAUUAACACGUGUUGUGAUUUCGAACGUAAAAGGUUCGUCUCCACAGCAUUUGACUUAUGAUACGAAUACAGAUUUGUAUGAAGAAGCCCAUGAGAGAAGUCGAACUCAAUUGAAUAUUGGUCACGAGAAGUUUAUCCGUUUAUCAUUCGGAGUUGUGCGAUAUACUUAUCUAAACACGAAUAUAACAAAAAACAGUCCGUUAAAUGUUUUUGUUCAUGGGUUUUCGACGGGAAUGGACUUAUGGCGUGAUGUAGCCACAGCUUUACAUAAACAAGGACAACGAUGUUUAGUAUUUGAUUUAUAUGGACGAGGCUGGUCUGAUUCACCUGAUAUAAAAAUGAAUGCUGAAUUAUUCGUUAAUCAAAUUGUAGAAUUGUUAUAUUCAUUAAACAUUACUGAUAAAUCAUUUAAUUUAUAUGGUGUGAGUAUGGGUGGAGUUAUUGUUCAAUUGUUUACAAAACUAUAUCCGGAAAAAGUAUCAAAAUUGAUCUUAUGUUGUCCAGCUGGACUCAGUGUGAAUCGUCCAACAGGAAUCAAAGCACUUUUACUAUCAUUACCUAUAAUCGGACCGGUUGUCUUCAAAAAAUCCAUUCCAUUUUUAGAAAAAAGUGCAAAAUUACAAUGGAUCGAUUCUAACAGUGAAUUAUUGCAAUUGUAUAGUGAAAAUUUUAGACAAUGUUACCGUCAACAUAAAGGCUAUUUGAGAUCAUUAUAUUCGUCAUUAAUUCAUUUUCCAUGGGAUACAAUACAAACAAUUGCACAAAAAAUAAACAGUGAUGAAAAAUGUCCGAAAAUAUUAAUCCUCUGGGGUGAUAAAGACACAAUGAUCGAUAUUUCAGAUGCACACCGUUACCACAAACUAUAUAAUCAAAACUCAACCUUGAUAUAUUUUGCUUAUCUUAUUAUUAUCAAAACCUCUUAUGGGAAAAAGCCUAUUGAUCCAGUUAUCCGGGCUCAGGCGGUGGCCUUACAUCGUGCCGGUCUCAACCAGGUUCAAAUUUCAAAACAACUAAAGAUCUCAAGAUGUUGUGUUCAAUAUGCGAUCAAAAAGUAUGAAGAACUAGGUCGAUAUGAUGAUCUGAAACACACCGGACGUCCAAAAAAACUUUCUGAUCGUGAAGUUCGGCAUUUGAAAAAAUUGGUCCAAGGAGAUUCCCGCCUCAGCGCUGCGAAAAUAGCAUCGGACUUGAACAGCAGCUUACCAAAACCGGUUACAAUAGGAACAGUACGCCGAUAUUUGAAAGAUCUUGGCUUUCAGUACGUAGUGAAAAUCAAGAAACAGUGA